UCCACGCAUAUGCUCUAGUUGCGCCGGAACUUGAGUGCAGCUGCUUGAGCCCUGGGAACGACGUUUCGCCUCGCCCUCAUCUUCCUCCGUCUGUAUAUUUACGUGCGCACCGUCAAGCCAGCACCAUGAGCUCCUAUAUUGAUUGGUCCAAAACCACAAAGUCCAAGGACUACCGUGGAUCUUCGUCUUUUGCGACUUUUCUGAUUAUUGGCCCGACAUGCUUCUUCCUGGGCAUUCUCUUCGCGUCGUUUCCGUACGACUUCCCCCUCCUGUGGACUAAGGAGCCCGUCGCCCUAGACUACUAUGAUCAACUCGAAACGCACCUCAAGUUUAUACACCAGUCGCCCCCGCUCAUCGGCCGCCUCCUCAACAUCAUCAUGAGCGUGGGCUUCCUCGGCCUCUUCAUCAAGCUCUUCCGCCCCAGCGAGGCCAACUUCCUCUUCGAUGGCGCUUCGCUGAUCCUAUACAUUAUCGGCGUGGCAGUCUACAUCUCCAACAUCGUCAAGGGCCUGCGCACCGUCAGCUCCGGCUUCUGGCACUCAGAGGAGUUCAAGGCCGCGGAAGGCAGGUUCGACGGCGAGAUUGUCCUGGGGAGAGAGGACAGCUUGAAGGUGCUUGCUGCAAGCAAUACUAUUCUUGCGCUCGUGUUGGUGGGUAUUCUUGUGCUGCAGGCAGGGCAGUGGUAUGCCGAGAAGAGGGAUUGGGAUGACGAGAAGGAAGUGGCGAAGAAGGACAAUAAGAAGAAGCAGUGAGGGGAGCCUACGACAUCCAAGGAAAGAUGUACGACCUUACUAGCGGUGAGAGUAUAGUGGUAUGAGCAGGUUUUACGAUAAAGUGGUUUAUUUGUAGCAUCGGGCUUACCGGAUCUCCGCAAGGUUGGAUAGUGCAAAUCGUUCGUAUGGCCGAUGAAUGCCUCAAUGGCAGGCCGAUGUAAUAAUGGGACUAGAUAUAACUCCGGCUGUCUUUAAGGCUUGGGAACUGUAAUUUGUUUAUAACUACGGAACACGUAUAUAGUUACCUCUAUCAACUAGAGUACUCACUAGGGCGGAUAUGGGCCUUGAUCGGCAUCAAGAAUUUCACUUAUUACGAAACAAAUGGAUUGCCAAGUGAAUUUCUA